AUCUUGAAAGUGUGGCAUCACUGCUAGUUGUGGAAAAGGAAAAAAUUUUAGUUUGCUGUCAACGUGUAUCAAAUUUUGGGCUGCUUCAUAUUUAUUAAUACCCCACAAACAUGAUUCCCCGUCGAAGCCAGCGCCUACAGCAGCAACGAGAAGCAGCUUCACUGGCUCUUGCAGGACUUCAAGCCGAUUUGCAGGAACAAGAUGUAACUGAAGAUAGUGUGAACGCCCUUGAAAACCCCAAUGGCACUUUAAGAGCCCUGUUAAGACCAUCCCGUGCUCGACGACUGCGAAGUCCUGCGGCUCAACAGCCACCGGCCAAUUCGCGCAGGAGACGCGGUGCUAUCACCAGAAGAAUUUCUUCCAAUCAACGAGGUAGUCUCCAGCAGGCACCAAGACGCGCAAGGCGCCCACGAGGUCGCCCGAGUCGUGGCCGCAGCAAUACAGACUCGGUUCCUAACGCGCCAACCGGCAAUGUGGCGGAAGAAGGUCUCUUGGGGACCUUGGCCCGCCAGUUCAACCGCAUGGUUAAUCAGAUGAGCUUCGUUCAGCCGCCGCACAACCCCAUAGGCUCUGGCCCAUCCAGACGGGGUGAUAGUCCGGCUGCGACUGGAAGACUGAAUCGCGAACUUUCGGAUUUCAUGCGAGAACCUCCAGAUGGCUGCAAAGUUGAGAUGGUAGAUGACGAUAUCUUUCAUUGGCGAGCCACCAUUUUGGGGCCCCCAGAUACCCCGUACGAAGGUGGCCACUUCAUGCUCGACCUAAGUUUUCCAUUGGACUACCCUUUUCAUCCACCACAAGUGUACUUUCUAACGAAAAUCUACCACUGCAAUAUAACCUCCUCUGGUUACAUCUGUCUGGAUAUUCUCAGUCUGCAGUGGUCGCCAGCACUGACGGUUGGCAAGGUCCUUAUUUCCCUUGUUUCACUGCUGUCCGAUCCGAACCCAAACGAUCCCCUGGAAUCUACCAUUGCUCAUCUCUACAAACAUCACCGCAGCCAGCACGACCGUAACGCUCGGGCCUGGACCGAUCGAUAUGCCAAACCCAAUCAGCCGGUUGAGGAUACGAACUUGGGUAGGCACACCGUCGACAUGACGCUACCGCCAACACCGCCCGCUCCCCAACGCUAUACUUAGCUAUACUAAAAAUAAUUU